GGGAACGCAGCCUCGGGGUGGUUGGCAAACGCCAAGAGGAGGAAGGCGCCCGGGAGGAGCCCAAACGUUGGCUCCGGGCGCCUGGCAGGCAGCAGCCUGGUCCGCUCCCCGACCGGGAACGCCCGUGGGCGGCGACUGCUGCUCGGCCGGCCGCGGAGGAAGCGGCAGCCGGGGUGGCUGGAAGAGGAAAGGGGACCUCGGGGCAGAGACCUGGCGGGCAGGAACUGCAUCGCGAUGACCGCCUUAGACGAGCAACCAGAGACGUUGGAUGGCGAGGAAGCAGCAGCCGAUGCAUCUUCAGGGAAGAAAAAAUCCAAAUUCCAGACCUUCAAGGACUUCUUCGCCAAGAAAAAGAAGAGCAAAGAUCUCCCUUCCUCCUCGGACGAGACGAAGCGAAAGCCAAGCCAGGACAACAGCGAUGGCGGUUCUCCUCCCCUGGACUCCAUCUUGCUCCAUUCGCCUGGGGAAAUCGAGUUCAAUGGAAGCACGGGAAACCAAGUUUUACUGCAGGACGACGAAUUUCCUUCCGAAGCAUUGCGUGAUGUCGUUGGGGAUGCAUCCUUGCAGGAAAAUUUCUCUGCAAAGGUGAAGAAUUUUGAGCAAAAUUUCUGCCUCGAGUCUCCACCUGUAAUUAGCUCCGGCGAAAGGAUCGAUGAUCUAAACACUGUUUCAGAAGAUGAUGUUUUGCCCAGUAGCCUUCUAAACAUCUCCACCAUCCAUGAUAUUCUGGCAUCUUCUACAAUUCAGCCUUCCAGCCCUAUCCAGCUCUGCAGCUCUUUGAGUUCAGAUGAGACGGAUGGCGAAGACAAUCAGGUCGCUUCGGGGUCUCCUUCUAAGCAUCGCGGCACAGUUCCUCCGGGAAGUCCCGUCUCGCCCCUUAGAGAGAGGAUUCCGGUUGAUUUCAACACCCCGGCUUCUCCCCUGGCCUGCCUAGACACCUCGGCGGCCAGGCACAGGAUUGCGAUGAACCCACGGAAGCAGAAAGGGUUCGCGAAGAAGAAUCGCCACCUUCUUGUGGAGCAGAUGUUGGAGAAGCAGCCACCUCUGGAGCCUGAUGAGGAUAAAAGAAGCCCUUCCAAAUUCCUUGAAGACGCCGCUGGUCAGAGGAAGGCUUGGGAAGGCUUGUUGAGCCACCGUGUGGUGAACGUCAACGAAGAUGGGACCGACCAUGCAUCACCUGGGACCAGAAACUUUGAAGCUUUGCCUUCUUCUUCCACCAUUGGCCUCUGGGGAGAUGGAAAGUCUGUCUUGAUAUCGGAUGCCCAGAACUUGCCGGAGACCCAGCUCCAAUUGAGCUCCACCAAGCCCUCUCCAAAUGAACCAUCCUGUCUCAUCAAAGACGGAGAAGGAGAGAAUGUGGACAUUGAGGAGAAGACAGGAACUUGUGAUCAAAAAGCACAGAGUGGUCCAGAAGUCACGGAGAACUCCGAAUGUUUCCACUUGAAGUCCAAACCCAUUGGCCUCCAUAAUGCAUCGCCUUCUGCUUUGCCAAAGAGUGAGGGAGGAAAAGAACCUGGAGCAGAAGAUAAGCAGAUAGCUCGCUCACAACGAACAGAUGCCCAAGCAAAUGUUUCUAAACCUGCCAGGAACCGACACAGAGCAUGUGAUAGAGCUGUUGGUGGAGAAAGAUCUCCUUCUCGGGAGGCAGAUUUCGUGUUGGGUGUUCCACAGCUUUCUUCGUCUGCUCUGAAGGCCUCCUCAAAUGCCCCAAAGGACUUAACACACAAGAACAGGCAUGCUGUCGAUGAAGAUGGAAGAGGGCCUUCAGACAUGGAACUUCAGCCUUCUCAAGGCCCUGGGAAGCCAACGGAUUCUCUGCAGGGCACAUUGUCCACAUUGGAGGUUGAUCCUGAUAGACCUAUGCUUCUGAAUGCAAUGGGUAAGAAACCGUGCCUCCUACCUGCGGACAGCACCGUUCAAGAGUUGGGUAGCCUUUCUUCUGGAAGACCAUCCACUAUGGGAUCAACCGAGGUGGCUUCCAAAACUCUCCCUCCUGUCAGCGCUCCUGGAGCUCAGCUGGGAAACGUCAUCACCGAGGAAGAAAGCAAAGCUACAGAGGUGGUCAAGAGCCAGACGAAGCCACCUUCUGUGAAGCCCGUGAGAUUCACCAUCGCUCCAGCCUGGCAGAGGUCUCUCUCGGGAGGUUCAAACUCGGUCGACAAUUCCUGCCCUCAAAAUUCUCCAACAUCUCCCGUAAAACCAGAAUUGUUUGAAGGAACUUCUCCACUCGAUGGAGGCUCACAAAUAUUAAACACUCCUGAAAGAUUUGACAGGGCUAAUAGAAACACGGGGGUCACCUUAAAUUCUUCCAGUGAGGAAGUCCAAAACUGUGAAAGUCCCUUUGGAGUGAAACUAAGGAGAACUUCUUCUUUGCUAAAGUACCAAACAGAACAUCACUGGGACCCCCCCAAGCUGGCACCACUGGCAGUUCUUUCACCAUCCUCUGUCAAAACCGAAAUCAAGGCACCAAAUUCUGGAACCAACCUUCAAAAUUUUACCACGGGUGUUAAGGGUUUGGUUGCAAACUCCGGCAUCCAAGAGAAAAAUCUGCAGAAGACCAAAGCUGGAGAAAAAGGCACCAAGCUGCAGAAGACCAAAGCUGGAGAAGGAGGCACCAAGCCACAAGCAAGCAAACCUUCAGAACAACCCCCUGCAGUGGUUUCGGGAAGCGCCUCUGUUCAGCCGACUUGGGUCUCCGUGGCAAAACAGAAGCAGCAAGGAUUCCAGGACGAUGGGGCGACCAAGGGACCGAAAAAGAGAGAGGACGCGACAGCCAAAACGGGAAAAGAGGAUGCAAAGGUUAUAAGCGCAACUUACCUGGAAAAGCAACUACAGAAAACUGAUCCUAACCAAAAUGUGCAUCUAUUGGAGAGUAAAGUACCGUUGAAGUCCGGGCCAUUGGCUGCCAAAGAAGGACAUCCCAGAUUCCUCCCCCAAGAAAGUCCUCGGGUGGAAAAGGAGACCAGAUUACCACCAAUCCUUCCCGUGGCUUCCUGCAGCGCCACCGAACCUCCGUGGCUGUCUCUGGCUAAGAAGAAGGCCAAAGCAUGGAGCGAAAUGCCUCAAACCGUUCAAUAGCCGGUGGAAAACACACACACACACAUACACACACACAAAAAAACUUCUCACUAUCUGCUGCAGGUAGCAGUGUUAGUAGCUGAAAGCUGACCGCGAACACGUUUGUAGAACAUCCGAGAAACGCCGAUCCUGUUUUAAAACUUUGAAUUCCUAAAAGAAUUUGGCGCCUCUGCCAAAAUGUGUGCCUUGGCCCGACCAUCUGAGGUCAUUUUCCAUGCUGGCUGUCCGCUGGGAGCCACAAUCCAAGUGGGGAAGCUGAGCCAGCUCCUUGAAGACCAAGACUUCUGCUGAUGAUUGAUGUUUGAUGAUUCCUUCCGCCUGUCGUGUCCCACUCCUCCGCUGACGGCCGGGUCAAGGAAAUCCGAAUCAGGCGUGCCUCUGCAACUCUGCCAAAGUCCUAGCAAAGUCCUCAAGGCAGGCAGGAGACCAGAAAGUGACUUCAGCAAGAUAUGUUUAGACUUUGCCUGACUCAGAGAAUGCCAGAAAGCAGAUCCUUUAUAUAGGCCAUGGGGUGUGGCUCCAUGACUCAGCACUUAUCCAGGCCUGCCCCUCCCUUCCUUCUGUUGCCUCUGCCUAUCAAGUCUUCUGACGCGAGGGUCACUCCAGUCGGCAGCUGUUGGUAAUUGACCUCCCUCAGGCUCACAUGCUGUGGAGGAGGGGGAGGGGUCUAGUUGCUCCGUUUGCCUGGGCAUGGAGCCAGAGCUGGGGGCUGGAGGUAUUUCUUCCUCUUCAGCCUGUCCGGGCAUGGAGCCAGGGCUGGGGCCGGGAGGCAUUCUAGAACAUUCCUCCGUGUUCGGAAGCAGAUAAGAAGACCCCGGCUGAGGUGAGAUCGGACGAGACACAACACCGCCGAUCAGUGUUUGCCCAAGGUAGACGAAGCUUCUGCUGGAACUUCUGUCCUUCCUUACAGCCUGUUGGGACAUAGAUGAUCUAAGCCAGGGAUGUCAAACUCGAUUUCAUUGAGAGCCACAUCAGGGUUGGGUUUGACCUCAAGGGGGGUGGGUGGGAUGGAUGGUGUAGCCAGAAUGGGCAUGGCCAGCUCAACAUCACUCGUGUUUGGGAGAGCCUGUGGUGGCCUGGGCGGGCCUGGGGACAUAGGGUGAGAUCCAGCAGGUUCUGACAAGUUCUGGAAAACUGGUAGAGGAAAUUUUGAAUAGUUCGGAGAACCAGCAAAGACCACCUCUGGCUGGCCCCAGAGUGGGGUGGGAAUGGAGAUUUUGCAAUAUCCUUCCUCCAGGAGUGGAGUGGGAAUGGGGAUUUGGCAGUAUCCUUCCCCGGAAGUGGGGACGGAAUGGGGAUUUUGGAUUAGCCUUCCCCUGCCACGCCCACCACACCCACCAAGCCACGCCCACAGAACCAGUAAUAAAAAUAAAUUUGAAUUCCACCACUGGCUGCAGGGGAAUCCACUGUCGCCAGUGGAAGAAGGCGAGACCAGGGAGAGCGCCAAACCCUCGCCCUCCAGAAGAGCCUCGCCAUCCCUCUCAGGCCACGUGAAGGACCCCUGGAUGGCGGCUCAAAGCUGUCCAGAGCCCUAGGCAGUGGAGGGCAAACAAGUUAGUUUUGCUAGCCGUCUGCCAACAAAAACGGAGCUCGGGAGGGGCGCAAGCUGCGUUUUUGGCUGCGACGGCCACUCUGCCAACGGAAACGGCUACCACCAGGUUGUAAGUCAGCACUCAGUCGGCCUGGGCCAGGCCGAAGUACUGCUGACUGGUCUUUUGUUGUUCCACGACAGAUUUAAGCACUCUGCGGGCUGGAUCUGCCCCCCCCCACCUCCCAGCAGUUGUGGGUUGCUCCCCGUUUGGUCCGGUUCUUGUGAACCGGUAGUAACGGCGGUGGGAGGCUCCGCCCACCCACCCAGACGUCAUCCUGAACGAUCUGCGCACAUGCCCUCGUUGCGAACCGGUAGCGGAGAUGAGUAGAACCCAACCCUGACCUCCAGGCCUUGAGUUUUGACACUCCUGAUCUAGGCCAAUUCUUCUCAGACUUGACCGCUUGAAGAUGGAUGGGCUUCAAUCCCCAGAGUUGGCUGGCUUGAAGUCCGCCCAUCUUCGGGUUGCCAAACCCUGACAGAUAUGGAUCCUGGCUUGUAGUUUUCCAACAGUGAAGAUAUUUACCUCUGUUCUCUGCCCACGUCAAUAGACUGUCUCAUCGUAGCGGAUUGAUUUUUUAAAUUUUUUUUUGAAGCUACCAGAUCAAGAAAUCGGGUCCUGCAAUUAACUCUUCGCUCUCGGAAUUAACCCGUUUCAGUCCUACCCCCGACCACUUGCCCUAACUUCUCAACACUUGAGUGACAUCUCUUUUGCUCUGCACAAGCGAACAGAAAAGCAAUACGUCUUCUUAUUUUUCUCGUGUCUGUUACGGUUGGGAUUUUUUUUAAAAAAAAAUAUGUCAAUAAAUAGCUUUUCAAUAAAAGGUAAGUAGAUGCUGUUGGUUUAUUUUCACAAGUU